ACUCCCCGAUCUCCGUGGUCGUCGGUGGAAGAAAACGUCGACGAUAGCCUCGAAAAUGGGACUGUUAAGCAUCAUCCGAAAGAUCAAGAAGAAGGAGAAGGAGAUGCGUAUUCUUAUGGUUGGACUCGAUAACUCUGGGAAGACGACGAUAGUUCUGAAAAUGAACGGAGAAGACACAAGCGUGAUCAGUCCAACUCUUGGAUUCAACAUCAAGACCAUUAUUUACCAAAAGUAUACGCUGAAUAUAUGGGAUGUGGGUGGCCAAAAGACUAUAAGAUCUUACUGGAGGAACUACUUUGAGCAGACUGAUGGGUUGGUUUGGGUUGUGGAUAGCUCUGAUCUCAGGAGGCUUGAUGAUUGCAAGAUGGAGCUUGACAAUCUCUUGAAGGAAGAGAGGCUUGCGGGGUCAUCUUUGUUGAUAUUAGCAAACAAGCAGGAUAUUCAAGGUGCUCUUACACCUGAAGAAAUUGGCAAAGUGCUAAACUUAGAGUCCAUGGAUAAAAGCAGGCACUGGAAAAUCGUUGGCUGCAGCGCAUACACAGGUGAAGGUUUGUUGGAAGGAUUCGAUUGGUUGGUUCAAGACAUUGCCUCCAGAAUUUACAUGCUUGACUAAUCUCUGUGGUACUCAACUACCGUUAUUGUGUAACUGCAUGUUCUGCUUGAGUGUUUACAGCUGAAGAUUCACUUCCGCAGACACAUAGAAUCUUUUCUUUCGGUCUUAAUUGUAACAAUGAUUCUACAAUUAUACAUCUACGUUUGAAGACAAUAUUCUAACCUUGUUUGAUUGAAAGUGGACACACAAAAUGAUGUUCAAUACAUCCAACUAAAACUUAUUAUAAGAAGUAAAUCCCAAGUCAAUCACCAAAAUGACCAAAGUUGUUCGCAAAGUAGAAAAAGGAAAGGAAAGAUUAUUUGGACUUCUUUCCUACCUUCUUCUUGACAACUUCGUCGAUGUACAUUAUGCCUUUGCCCUUGUAAACUUCAGGAGGUUUGCAACUCCGGACUGUGGCAGCAAACUGAUGCACCCUGUCCUUGUCGAUCCCGGUGCAGCAAACCACAUUGUUCUUGAAACAGAAGACCCGAACAGCAGGAGGAACCGCGAGUUCGACUUCGUGACUGUAACCCAGUUUGAGGUACAAGAAACGGCCUGCUUCCUCAGCUCUGGCUUUGUAUCCAACUCCAACAAUCUUCAAGAAUCGAAAGAACUUGGCUUCCAUCUUCCC